UUUGGAAUUCUUUCCAUCUUGUGAAUUUGUUUCUUGAUCCUGAGUGACGCUGAAAAUUAGGUGCAACGGUAUGAGCGUUUGAAGUUCUAUAUUCCUGGAUGUAUUUAUGUUCUGGUAAAAUGUGUUCCAAUCUCUAUGGGAUGUACAAAACCUGGGAUGCAAUGCACUUGAACUUUCACCAAAGCUUUUCUGCCCUUUAGAGUUUAGCCCUGAAGAAGGACUUUUCGGAUCUUGCAGUGACAACCUCUCUGCUCCAUUCGAUAACGCGAUAACUUAAGAUGAUUUUGUAAUGGGGUGCCUGUGUGUGUAAGGUUGUGUGUACUCUGCGAUGGUAUGGCAACUAAGGGUGUUCUCAAAUGUCUGUUUAGCUGUAUUAGAGGGGACCCUGGGGUAGGUUGCUGCCUGGCUGUCCACUGGCACUACAGGGAAGGGCACCUUGUGUACCAGCUUUGUCUUCAAUGGAGAGGUCCGCUUGUCAUAGUAGUGGUCAACAUUGUUUUCUGAAUAAUUUAUGUAUGUAUGGCCGUGUACAGAUAUGGUCAGAUUAUUUGUAGGUUGGAUUGAGUCAUUUAGAGAGGACGCAGUAAUGAUCCUGGACAACUCGUCACUGUUAUUUACUAUGCUUCAAAGAGAAUAGAGGUGUCGCUUUCUGAGACUGUUCCAUAGAACAGACAUCUCCAGUAGCAUAUCCUCUCUCUCGCAAACCACACACACACACACUCUCUUGAACAACUUCAUUGUUCCCCAAGUACCCUCUGUUGCAUAAUGGAGGCAGGAUCACCUGAUCUGUGUGUAUCCGUGCACACAUGCGUGUGUAUGCUUUGUAUGCUUUUCAAAGCGGCCGCUGUGCAUCUGUUAGAAAGGGAAUGUAUACGGAUCAUAAGGCUUGAAACUAGAGACCCAUAUGCAGAUAUCCCAGUCAUGGCAUCACAGAAGACAAACAGGUGCCGAGAAACAGCUACCUGGAGAACCGAACAGACACGUAGCUCAAUUCCUCUUCCAGCCAUGGGAGUGCAGUCCACGAUAAACAGCUUCCCGGACUCCCAGCCAGCAAGUCAGAGCGCGGACGAGGCCUUUGGCCCCAGCGAGGAGAGCGCUCUCAGUUCCGAGGGUCAAAGGUCACCCGAGCUCGCCCGCACGCCCACCCCGCCGCCACCGCCCCCCUCAGCCUCGACCCCACCCCAGCCGGCCACGGCCAGACAGCCCACACCCAAGCUGUUUACUCCCAGCAGGCCUUGCUUACCAAGCGGAGGGGAGUCCAUUGGGGGCAGUAUGAGCAGAACCGACCUCCCCACCUUCUCCCCCAGCCUCUACCCCCCCACCGCCUUCAACUAUGCCCGACCCCGCCACUUCAUACAGUCACAGCCUCAGUUCCAGGCCCCCAGCUAUGAGAGCGCCCAGGCCCUUCCCCAGGCCCCACCUCAGAACCAGACCCAGAACCAUCCCCAGGUCCCGAUCCAGCCCCUAGCCCAGCCCCAGGUUCCUCCCCAGGCCAAUGGCAACAGCAAGGUCUCCCCCUCCUCCUCCAGCCUCAGCUCCCCCAUCUCCUCCACCCCUGCCCCCACCUUCCCUUCCACCUCCCCUCCCUACACUUCCCCUCCCUCCACCUCCCAGCCCUCCUCCGCCCCGCCCGACUCCCCCUCUCGUGGUCCCAUGCGCUCCACCAUCACCCUGAUCCCCAGGGUGCCCAGUGUGGGCGCGGGCAGUGCCACCAUCAGCACCCAGCCAGAGAGGCCCUCCCCGGCCGCCUACCUCUGCUCUGUCCUGCCCUCCCAGUCCAAGCUCUCCCCAACCCUACCCUUCCCCCAGCCCCCCUCUCCGACCCGCUCCCACCUCUCACCCCCUAGCCCCCUCCCCAGGAGAUCGGACCCCCCUUCGAUGACUGGACUGUCCUUGAACCCCCCCAGCCAGGCUCCCCUCUCCCCCAUGGCCCCCAGGAUUUCCCCCUGCCUCCCCAUGGCGGCCCCUCUACCCCAGCAGAACAUGCCCCCUCCCUCCUGUGUGUCUCUGCCCUCCAGCUACAGAGCGUCUCCUAACAUCCUCCCCAAGCCUGUCCUGAGGAAGGCGGUGGCGCCCAGGCCUGUGUCCCGCUCCACGGACGAGCAGAUCCAGGGCUCCAAGGAUGCUUUGAUCCAGGAUCUGGAGAACAAGCUACGCUGCAAGGAGGCUCGCAGGAGAAACAGCCAGAAACUCUCGUACGAGGAGCGCAUGGCCAGGAGGCUGCUGGGGCCAGACAAUGCUGCUUACGUGUUUGACCUGGAGAACUCGUCAGACUCACAACUGGACCAGCCAGAUUUACCUGAGGGACGGCACAGUGGAGGAUUAUGGGGAAAGCGCCACUCGGGAAAGGAUGGGAAUGAGGGAUCUGCCAUCCAGGAGAAAUGCUACGCUCCUCGCUUCCUCCAGGUCCCCCAGGACCUCACAGUGGAGGAGGGACGCUUCUGCAGGAUCGAUUUCAAGGUGGGCGGGCUUCCCACACCAGAUGUGUGCUGGUACCUCGAUGGCAAAGCCAUCAGACCAGAUGACUACCACAAGAUGCUGGUGUGUGAGAAGAGCAUGCACUCCUUCAUCAUCGAGAUCGUCACCGUGCACCACGCCGGCGUGUACGAGUGCGUGGCCAGGAACCGAGCCGGAGAGAGCCGCUUCACCAUGAAGCUGGACGUGCUGGCCCAGGAAGUGCUGCGCCCCCCCACCUUCAUCCAGAAGAUGCUGAACCAGCGAGCACUGGAGGGGGACACGGUCAGGCUAGAGUGCAAGGUGGACGCCUCCCCGCCCCCCCAGCUGCACUGGAAGAAGGACAAGGACAUGCUUCGUAUCGACCCCAACAGGAUGAGUCUGUACCAGGACGGCUCGGGGCGCCAGUGUCUGCUGCUGGAGCGGGUGGAGAAGGUGGAUGCAGGCUGGUACACCCUGUCUGCUAUCAACGAGGCGGGCAUGUCCACCUGCAAUGCCAGGCUGGACGUAGGGACUCGUGUGAACAAACCUGCCCCUGCUGGUAAGAAGCUGAAACAGCUGAGCCACCUACCCAUCCUGACGGUGGAGUCCCCCCCCCAGCACACCGCCCCCCUGUACGAGAGCGAGGAGCUCUAGACCCCUCACACACACACACACACGUGCACAUUUGACUCCUGACUGAAACCUGUCCCCGGCCUCCUACCUCACCCCCCCCCCCCCUGCUCAUGUGGAUGUCCUCAUCCCCUCCCCCCUGCCUCUCAGAUCUCACCAGCCCUGGGAAAGCGUUUCAGCCUCACUGUAGCCUCGUUACCAUGAUACAGAAGUCGGCAUAACAACCGCAGUGUGGCUGUGAUGCAGGACUCCCACACCAAACCAACCAGACCCCCAAAAUGGUCAGCUGCACUUUAAUACCCCCCACCACCACCACCCAGUCUUGGUCAUUUAGAGAGACCUCUCUUUCACACACGCCCCCUACACACACACACACCCCAUCUCCUCUGUAUGGCUGGGCUGACUGGAGAUGUCGUUAAAUGAUAAAGUGACACCGUCAGAAUGGUGACAUCACAAAACCCACGUGGCAGAAACAUCACUAGUUGCCGUCCCUGUUGUUUGCUGUUGUUAGCUGAUAGAGAAUGAGAUAAGACUGCUGUAUCGUCCAAAUAUGUACGUGUUUGUUUGGAGUUCCUUUAUGAAGAGGCUUGUUUGGGUCAGAGGCGUGCCAGUGAGAAUGUGUCUCAACUACUAUAUCUGUUAUAACGAAAAGUCAAAUGGACGGUUUUAAUAUGUUAAUAAAGCUAUUUAUUCGGAAAAAUCCUUAUAUGUACAUGGUUGUCAAAACCUGUUGAGUUCCCCAGCCUGCAGGUCUAUAUCUACCAUAGUACACCUCUUUACCUGUGUCUACAGUGUUGUCUUGUAUCGUUGUGCAUGAUGUGAAACCGAAUGAAUGAGUAAUAAAGUUUCUCUGACCUAA